AUGCAGGAGCUUUCACGGGAUGGCCUGGGGCUCACGCAAAUCAUGCAGGAGCUUUCACGGGAUGGCCUGGGGCUCACGCAAAACAUACAGGAGCUUUCACGGGAUGGCCUGGGGCUCACGCAAAACAUGCAGGAGCUUUCACGGGAUGGCCUGGGGCUCACGCAAAUCAUGCAGGAGCUUUCACGGGAUGGCCUGGGGCUCACGCAAAACAUGCAGGAGCUUUCACGGGAUGGCCUGGGGCUCACGCAAAACAUGCAGGAGCUUUCACGGGAUGGCCUGGGGCUCACGCAAAUCAUGCAGGAGCUUUCACGGGAUGGCCUGGGGCUCACGCAAAACAUGCAGGAGCUUUCACGGGAUGGCCUGGGGCUCACGCAAAACAUGCAGGAGCUUUCACGGGAUGGCCUGGGGCUCACGCAAAUCAUGCAGGAGCUUUCACGGGAUGGCCUGGGGCUCACGCAAAACAUGCAGGAGCUUUCACGGGAUGGCCUGGGGCUCACGCAAAACAUGCAGGAGCUUUCACGGGAUGGCCUGGGGCUCACGCAAAACAUGCAGGAGCUUUCACAGGAUGGCCUGGGGCUCACGCAAAACAUGCAGGAGCUUUCACGGGAUGGCCUGGGGCUCACGCAAAACAUGCAGGAGCUUUCACGGGAUGGCCUGGGGCUCACGCAAAACAUGCAGGAGCUUUCACGGGAUGGCCUAGGGCUCACGCAAAACAUGCAGGAGCUUUCACGGGAUGGCCUGGGGCUCACGCAAAACAUGCAGGAGCUUUCACGGGAUGGCCUGGGGCUCACGCAAAACAUGCAGGAGCUUUCACGGGAUGGCCUGGGGCUCACGCAAAACAUGCAGGAGCUUUCACAGGAUGGCCUGGGGCUCACAUAAAUCAUGCAGGAGCUUUCACAGGAUGGCCUGGCACUGCCGCAAUGAAGGUAAAAAUGACCUUUGGCAUCCACACACGCUUGAGCGGCUGAAGUCUGCCUCCUUGGAGGGGAAUUGGGUCCUCUGUAUGGUGUCCUAAGUGCCAAAAGCUAGUCUAAUGACCCGUAGUCUGGAAAUAUGUGCACAGCAAGGCCAAGGGCAGCGAUGCAGCAGAUUGUCAGCCAUUUUCAGGGCGCCUCAGCCAUAUGACUGUUCCACAGGCAGAUUUUUAAUCAAAACUGCAACAGCGCAGAUACAAUUUUAAAAACUGCAUGCUGUCCCUGUCAGGGUGUUGCUUGGUCUGCAUGUUCUUUGGGUUUAUCCUAAAAAUAAGGGCUUGGUCUUUGGCUUCCUAGGGAGCAGCUAAAGGGACAGGGUUGGAAAAUAUUGUUUGACGUUUUCUCUCAACUGUUGUGAAAAAAACGCAAAACAAUUACAAGGGAAUGCAAAACUGUUGCGGGGGACGCAAUAAUUUUCCGAGGGAAAGCGAAACUGUUCCCUUUAGGGCUCCGUACCUCACUAACAUACCGCAGCCCUUCCUUCUUUGUGCAGAGCAGUGCCUUCCAGGCCGCAGAUCUUCCCCUACGGUCACGUAUGGACCAGCUCCCCUGUGCCUACACCCCUGUACCUGAUAAUUCCUUAUUUGAGUUUUGCUUGUUCCUUUCUUAGUUCUUACCAGCAGGAUAAGGCUUUAAAGGACCUUUCUAAUGUCUCCAUUUUAUUUUUUCUGUCGUCAAACCCUUCAGUGGGCCUGUGGCUCAUCUACUUGUUUGUUGUGAGCUUUUGCUAAUUAUUUUAAUCGUUAAGGGCAUUUAUCUGUUUCAUAAACCACUCAAGCAAAGCUUGUGUUUGCUGCUACGUUUUAUGCCAUGUGGUCAGAAUUUCAUACUGGAGGAUAUAGUCACCAUUACCGUAGUAAUACCAUGUAAUUUAUGUUUUGGAUGUUGUUCAAGGAGCUGCUAUGACUUCACUGGAAAUGAGUGAUUUCUGCAGAGGUGGAGAGUUCAGGUCCAAGGAGUACAAAUCCAGACCAGGAUUUUGUGUCGACCAACCAGCCGAGUAUAAAGAGUCACAUUGACAGAAUACUCAGCUGGUUGGUUGAAACUAAAUAUUGGUCUGGAUUUGUACUCUCUGGCCCAUCUCCACCUCUGGAUUUCUGUGCCUUCAUCCAGCAAAGUGAGCUCAGUUACCUGAAGGAUAGGACCCAACUGAAGGAGGAUGUUUUUGGAGAUUUCUGGGGCUGCAAAGGUGCCGGCUGAAUUCAUUGCGAUUUUAAGGACCACUUCUGUGAAAAAUACGUGUGCACCUCAAGUGGACCCCACCCCUGUAUUACAUCAUUCUUCUGCUCCUUUACGGAUCUGAGGCUGAUGAUACUUACAUGUUAGCUAUCAGGUCUCAGCGUUUUGCGUUAUACAAGGUGGUUAUUUCUGUAGGAUCAUUAGCUGAUUAUGUGUGUCAUGUAAGACAAUUAAAUCUGAAAGGUACAUCCCAGUCAUGCUGUUGAAUAUACAAAAUGUAACAGUUUUAUUUGUACCACCCAACAUACAGUUUGAAAGUAGAAGAGAUCUCUGUUAGUGCCAGUAUUUAUAUAGAUUUUGAUAUUUCACGUCCUAUUGUAUAUUGUAACCAUACUUUGUCACUGAGGCAGUAGAACUUGUAUUUUUGUUAAUGUAUGGUUAGUUUCUCUGUAGAGUCUCAUAAAACAUUGGUAACUCGAGUAAUAUAUUUUGAGAAAUAAA